GACGUCAUACAAGACAUCACGUGACGUCACUUAGGCAACGUCGUUGCCUAGGAUCAAUUGACGCCAACAGCUAAUACAGACGAGGAUCAGGAAUUUUAAUAAGGGGAAAACGAAUAAGUCUCUUCUUACAGACUUAGUAAAAAGGUUUGCUCAGUAAGCACAGCACUUAUGCAGUAAGGUCAACUGGAUUGCUGGUCAAACGCCAGCCAUGGCAGAAAAUAUACUGAACAAGAACUCAUUGCUGAAUGCAGCUGGUAAGGAUGUUAUGGGUACAUCUACAGCCAUCACCAGGGUUGAGAUAGUUUUAAAACCAUCUCUUGACAAGCUCGAACCAACAGGAGAUCUACCUGUAGUCCCCGAGGGAACAAGACAUCAGCAUGUAGUCCCCGAGGGAACAAGAGAUCUGCAUGUAGUAGCCGAGGAUCCGUUAAAACAAAACAAAGGGAAAGUUAGGGAAAAACCUAAGAUUCUUCCCAAACCAAAGUUAAAAGCUCCUCGUGUCAUAGAUCCAGCAACGCAGGACACUUCUCCUGCAGAUGUUUGCACACCAAACAAUAAACCGAAGAUUCUUCCUAAACCAAGUUUGAAUGUUCCGAAGGAAACCGAUUCACAGAGAGAGAAAUCACCACGACAUGGGGGUUCACCAAAGGAAAAACCUUCGGUGCUUCCUAAACCAAGGAGAAAUGUGCCUCUGAUCACAGAUCAACCGAAUAGUGCUUUGCCAGUAUGCAACAAGACAGAAAAGGUCAAACCCAAUAUUUCUCCUAAACCAAGAUUAACUGUUCCGAAGAAAGAAGAUCGACUUCAGGAUGAUUCUACAGACGCUGUUGGAACACCUCAGAAAUAUCCAGAGAUUCCUGCUGAACCAAACACUUACAGCCGGAAUGAGACAGAGCAGUCAAAAGCAAGCAGUCAUGGAGAAGGUGUGGUCACAUCAAAAUCAACCAUUGGUUCUGAACCAACUGCUAAUAUGCCGAAGGAAAACUGGUCAGGAGAUAAUUUGACACUAAAAGAAACUGUCAACGUUCCGUCUAAUCAGUCUAAAGAAGAUACACACAAGAUUCAGCCUAAACAAGUUCUAACGGAAAGAGACCAACCGAAGAAUAAUGAUUCAGAUGUUGGAAAACCAAAAGGAACAGAUGUUGAGCCAAGGGAUAUUUUGUCAGAAGAUGCUGGUGCGCCAGAGGAAAACACUACGUUUUCCUCCGAACCAGGUUUUAACGUUCCGAAGGAAUCAGAUGAGUCGACUUCAAAGAAAACACCUAAGACUUCUUUGAAAUCUACGUUGAAUGCUUCGCAAGUCGUCGAUCCUGCAAGGUUUCUCUUCUCUGCAAAUACUGGGAUAUACAAAGGAAAGCGCAUUUCUUCUGGAUCCAGUUUAUAUGAUGAACAGAUUAUUCGUUCCCAAAUACGCAGACAAAGCAAACAGGUUGAAAAUCGUCGUAGGGCAAAAAGGCAAGAAGAAGAACGUCUCGCGCAUAUGAAACGGGAAGAAGAAUACCGCGAGAUGAUCGAAGAAGAAAACAUUACCAAGAAGAUGCAAGAAUGGAUUAGUCGAAGAAGCAAAGUGAUGAAGCUAGAAGACGAAAGUUUUCACAAGGAGAAAGGGAGAGGAGAAUUAUUCAUGAUGAGCAAUCUUGAAUCAAAACUGUUAAACUUGAAGGAACUGAAGGGAAAAGAAGAGAGUCGAGACAUGAAUAUGGUGGAAGAAGUCCUAAAGCAGAAACUCAUACAAAAGGAAAGUAUGAGGAAGGAAAAUCUGGAAGAAGAAAGGAUAGAUAUAAUAAAGCAAGAGGAAAAGGCUGCCGGUGUUUUACAACAUGAAAACUGUCGACAAAUGAGAAAGCUAGAUAGUGACGGGCAGAGAGCAGAACGCCUUCAUUUCGAAACAGAAAGACGAAAUCUAAAGACAGAUGUAGGAAGCACUGAUCGAAAGAAGCGUGAAGAAAAGAUCCGAAUGAUGAAGGAAUCGGAAGAGAAGGGCCGAAAGUUGACUGAAAAGAAUAAACGUGAUGAAGACAUUCACAAAGAGGAGAAUCUGAAAGAAGUAAGUAUUCAGGUAAAGGAGGAGGAAGGAGAGAAACAAAAUCUUAAAGACCUAGAAGAAACGCGCGAAAGAGGAAGCUUGAAAGAUAAAGAACUCGAUGGAGACAGCAGGCGGGAAGGACCACUGAAGCUGGAAAAGAUGGACGACGCCGGCCGCGAAAUGAACAAGCUGCAAGAACAUACACACCAGGAUGACACACGUGAUGAAUCUCAGAUGACGAUGGAACUGAAAGGAGAAUUCCUUAAUCCUCAAAUAGCAGAAGAAACUGGAACGAAAGAGGACGAAGAACGUUUUGGAGAGGACAGUAUUAUGGAAGAUGAAAAUCCGAAAGAGGACAAUCCUAAGGAGGGUGAAAUGACAGUGCAUACUGCAGAAAUGAGGAUGGCACAUAAUGUUGUGACGGAUACAAGAACUUCAAGAACCUCUUGUUUCCUACUUAUCGGAGCCAUCUUGUCCGUCGCCGUCGCCAUCGUCCUCGCUGGUGCUUCUGUUGCAGUAUUUUACGAACAUUUGUAAAUCUUAAACCCAGUU